CCCGGGGUUCCCAGUUUCCCAGAGAAAAGUGACAGAAACCCUGCAGAGCGAGAGCAGCGACCGCUGAGAGGCCGGCAGCCGCCCAGGCUCCCACCCGGCCCGGGGGCUCCUCCAGCCUCAGCCCCACCCCCGGGCUCCCCAUGGAAGCCAGCUGUGCCCCGGGAGGAGUCGGAGGAGGAGUCGGCUGAAUGCCCGCGGUGCGCCCGGAGCCCCCGCGCCCAGCCCGCCGCGCGCCGCUGCCCUGAGGCCCUGCGCCCCGACCCCGGCCUGCGGGAGCCCCGCGCUGGGCUCGGAGGGGUCCCCAGCUCAGGCCGCGAUGGACGCCGUCCUGGAGCCCUUCCCGGCCGACAGGCUGUUCCCCGGCUCCAGCUUCCUGGACUUGGGGGACCUGAACGAGUCGGAUUUCCUCAACAAUGCGCACUUCCCGGAGCACCUGGACCACUUCGUGGAGAACAUGGAUGACUUCUCCAAUGACCUGUUCAGCAGCUUCUUCGAUGACCCAGCGCUGGAUGAGAAGAGUCCCCUGCUGGACAUGGAGCUGGACCCCCCAGCGCCAGCCAUCCAGGCAGAGCACAGCUACUCACUGAGUGGGGACUCAGCGCCCCAGAGCCCGCUGGUGCCCAUCAAGAUGGAGGACACCACAGAAGACGUGGAGCACGGAGCGUGGGCGCUGGGACACAAACUCUGCUCCAUCAUGGUGAAGCAGGAGCAGAGCCCGGAGCUGCCCGUGGACCCACUGGCUGCCUCCUCAGCCAUGGCCACCGCCACCGCCGCCAUGGCCGCCGCUCCCCUGCUGAGCCUCAGCCCCCUGUCCAGGCUGCCCAUCCCCCACCAGGCUCCAGGGGAGAUGACUCCGCGGCCAGUGAUCAAAGCAGAGCCCCAGGAGGUGAGCCAGUUCCUCAAAGUGACACCAGAGGACCUGGUACAGAUGCCGCCGACGCCUCCCAGCAGCCAAGGCAGCGACAGUGACGGCUCCCAGAGUCCCCGCUCGCUGCCCCCCUCCAGCCCUGUCCGGCCCAUGGCCCGCUCUUCCAAUGCCAUCUCCACCUCCCCACUCCUCACUGCCCCACACAAAUUACAGGGGACAUCAGGCCCACUGCUCCUGACCGAGGAGGAGAAGCGCACCCUGAUUGCCGAGGGCUACCCCAUCCCCACCAAGCUGCCCCUCAGCAAGGCGGAGGAGAAGGCCCUCAAGAGGGUGCGAAGGAAAAUCAAGAACAAGAUCUCAGCCCAGGAGAGUCGUCGUAAGAAGAAGGAAUACGUGGAAUGCCUGGAAAAGAAGGUGGAGACAUUUACAUCAGAGAACAACGAGCUAUGGAAGAAGGUGGAGACCCUGGAGAACGCCAACAGGUGGGGCCCUGCAGCCUCCGAUAGCAGGAGAAAGGAGAGUUCCUGGACCCGCCAACUAGAACCUGAGCGAGGGCUGCUCAAGUCCCACCCCACCCCAUCUCCCAGGCCUCCUCAGCAACACGUAGAUGUCUACACAGCUGCCGGGCCGGGCCGGAACCUGCUCCAGCAGCUGCAGAAGCUCCAGACGCUGGUCAGCAGCAAGAUCUCCAGGCCUUACAAAAUGGCAGCCACCCAGACCGGGACCUGCCUCAUGGUGGCGGCCUUGUGCUUCGUGCUGGUGCUGGGCUCCCUCAUGCCCUGCCUGCCCGAGUUCUCCUCCGGCCCCCAGACUGUGAAGGAAGACCCGGCCGCCGCAGACAGCAUCUACACCCACAGUCAGCUGCCCUCCCGGAGCCUGCUGUUCUAUGACGAGGGCGCCCCCUCGUGGGAGGACGGCCGCGGCGCGCUGCUGCCCGUGGAGCCCCCGGAAGGCUGGGACAUCCAGCCCGGGGGGCCGGGGGAGCAGCGGCCCCAGGAGCCCCAGCAGCACGAUCACCUGGACGGCACCCACGAGACCACCAAGUACCUGGGCGAGGCCUGGCCCGAGGGCAUUGGGGGCAACGGUACGAGCCCCAACUUCUCCCACCCCGAGGACUGGCUGCAGGACAGGGACCUGGGCCCCAACGCCACCCUGCAGCUCUCCUAGGCCGCCGAGAUCAGAACACAGGACACCCCGGUACCCACAGAGGACUUCUCGCGCUCGGACCCGGACCCCGCCCACCCCCUGACAUUCGGACUGUUCCCCUCCACACCCAUCCGUCCUCAGCGAAACCACUCACUGCCACUGUCCCCUCCUCGGAGCGACCGCAGGACCACUGCCCCCGCGCCCCACUGUACAGACCAAGAGCAGAAAUUGUUUGUAAAUAAUGAACCUUAUUUUUUAUUAUUGCCGAACCCCUAAGAUAUUGUAUUUUACAAAUCUCCCUCCAACCUCCCCCCUCACCUGUUUUAUAUUUUAUGAAGUUAGUGCGGGCUUUGCAGCUGCUCCCCGGCCGGGGACAGAGGGACACCACCCACCCCCUCGCCUGGCCUCCCUCUGCCGCUGCCCAAGACGCUGGGCCUUUUAAUUGCCAGACCCCCUUCCCCCACCUGCUCAGCUCUCGCUUUAAGAAGGCAAAAUUAAAAAAAAAAAAAAAGAUGCAGCAUCAA